AUUAAUUCCCACUCCAAACUUAUAGGUCUAUGAUUUUUAUUACCAGCUUCGUUAGAUACACGAUGGUAAAUAAACGUGUAAAUGUGUAUAUAAAUAAUUUAAAAAUUAAACAAAAAAUACAACAGAAUGGAAGAUGAUGAUAAAAUUGUUGAAGGAUUCCAAGGAGUUUAUUUAUUAUACUGUGAAAAUGUUAGAUUUAAAGGAAGGACUUAUAUUGGUUAUACAGUAGAUCCAGUCAGAAGAAUCAAAAGACACAAUGCUGGAAAGGAUUUUGGUGGUGCAAAAAGAACUGAUAAUAAAGGACCUUGGAAUAUGGUUAUUAUUAUUCAUGGAUUUCCAAACCCAAGAAUGGCUUUAAGAUUUGAAUGGGCUUGGCAAAAUCCUGAUUUAAGUCGACACAGUCGACAUAUCCCAAAGAAACAAUCUCGUGAAUCUAUGUUUGAUUAUUGUUUGAACGUAGUUUCAGAAAUGCUUCAAGUUCCACCCUGGAACCGACUACCUUUAAGUAUUCGUUGGCUUGAUGAAAAGUUUUAUGAUAAAUAUUCAACGAAACUAAACAACUUACCAGCUCAUAUGCCAAUAAGUUGUGGAAAAAUUGAAGCUAAAAAGAUUGGCUGGGUUCAGAAACAAAUAAACAAAAAUGACAAAAAGAAAAAAAAUAAUGAUGACUUUCUUUCAAAUCUUAGCCAACGAAUCCGACAAGAGUGUGAUAUUUGUUUAGAAUAUAUUAAUGAUGAUGAUAAAGUAACUUGCGUUAAGGAGAAUUGUAAAUUAGUUGCUCAUAUUAUUUGUUUAUCUAAAAAAUUUCGGAGUGAUGAUAAAAUCCUACCUAUCAAUGGAAUUUGCCCUGUUUGUAAGGAAUUAAUUUUAUGGGGUGAUAUAGUUAAGAAAAAAAUAGGUUGUUACAUCAAUAAUUGAACAUAAUUAAUUAAUUUAUUUAUAUUGAUCAUGAGUUAAAAUUUUUUAUAAUCAAUUUUGUAAAAUAUGAGCCAGAUUGAAUGUAAAUCAGUCACUAAAUUAUACAU